AUGGAAGAUCAAAAAAGGGUGAUGGUAAUUCAAUAUGCAUCAAAAGAAAUUAGUUCAAGUGCUUUAAUGUGGGUAUUUCAAGGCUUGUCACUCAAACCAGGCGAUAUUCUCAUAUUUCUUGCAGUUCUUCAUCAGGUUAACAAUCCUUGUAAGUCAAGAAAUUUUAAAUUGGGAUUUAAAAGCAAAGUGGAUUCAAAUUCGAUGCUCGGAACAAAUGAGAAAAUUGUUGUGAGAGAAGCUGCCUGGAAGAAGGAAGAGUAUAUGAAGAACUCAGAACUUCAACAGAUUUCCAAGCUUUAUGAGUUGCACAAGGUUGAAUUUAAGGUAGAGGUGGCAACAGGACAUUCGCCGAAAGUAAUUGCUGUAAAAGCAGCAGAAGAUUUCAGGGCAACAUGGGUUAUUCUUGACAGGAAGCUAAAGAAAGACAGGAAAUACUUUUUGGCAAGACUUUCAUGUGGGAUAUCAAGAAUGAAGCGAAACGACAAGAUCGAGCAAUUCAGAGGUCCGAAAAUAAAGCAAGAACAACAUACCGGCUUUAUUACUUACGAUGAUAUGUUGGUCGGAACUCCAGAACCUGAAGAACUUUUCAGUAUCAAAAUUUCCCUAGACCAAGAGAUCGUAGAAGAUUCAACAUGUUCGCUUUGUAAGAAUCGUCGACUGACCAAUGGAUGCGAAAUGGAAUUCACAUACGAAGAACUUGUCGAUGCAACUGAUAGUUUUUCGACGAACAAUUCAUUACACGACGGUGUUUUAGGAUCUUAUUUUAUAGGAUACGUAAAAAGUAAAAAUCUGAAAAUUAUUGUCGACCUACAAAAAGUUUCAACGUCGCAAGAAGAAAUGAAAUUCAGUUCAGAAUUUAAUCUGUUCAAGACAGCAAGACAUAGAAAUGUACUGAAGCUCUUAGGAACAUGUAGACAAGGAAGUCUGAAGCUACUUGUGUAUGAAUAUGUCUGCAAUGGCUUACUAAAACAGCACUUGUCAAAACAUUGGCCGUUGGGUCUAACGUGGACGGAGAGGAUGAAAGUGGCAUUAGGAGCAGCCAGAGGAUUAAACUUUCUGCACCAAAACGACAUCGUUCACAAGAAUGUUAGAACAAGUAGCAUUCCUGUAACUCAUGAUUUCGAACCAAUGGUAAGAAUUGAAAAUCUAAUAACUAAGCAAAAUGUAUUAAUAUUACGCACAAUUCUAGAAAAAGUUGUUGAAACUUUGGGGUAUUUAGCACCGGAAUAUGCCGGAACAUGGAAACUUUCGACUGCUACAGAUGUUUAUGCAUUUGGAAUUGUUUUGUUAGAGUUGAUUACUGGUCAGAUGGUUACUGAUAAAAUGCCAGGGGGGAAGAGUCUUGUGGAAUGGGCAAGGCCCCUUCUAAAGGAAAGGAGAUUACUUGAGAUGAUAGAUUAUAGAAUUGGCAACUCUCAUGAUAGUGAGCAACUUUAUUGGAUGGGGAGAGUAAUACAUAAUUGUCUCCAUAAAAUUCCACAUAAAAGAUUGACAAUGGACAAGGUAGUUUCCGCGUUGGAAUGCAUAGCAGAGAGACAAGCAAGCAAUGUAAUGGACGAUAUUUCUGCAGUGAGAUCAUAUCUGGCAAACCGAAUAAGCGACAUCGAUCGGAAUCAAGGCUCGGAGAGAACUGAAAUGUUCAGUAUAGAACUUGAUUCAGAAGGAGCUGAAGAGCAAGUGAUGAAUGUAACUUCAUCUUCAACAGCAAGUGCAAGUUUCAGCAGAAGCUCUAUAAGUAGAACAAGCACUAGUUUUAGCAGAAGCUCUGUAAGUAGUAGUGGGCAGGGUGAUAAAAUGCAGAGUAAUCAAUAA